CACACACAUCACUGGCUGCAGGGAUAAAACUGCUGUUUAUAGCAGCCCUAGAGGUGUGCUGUGAUCUCGUUCUGUGAGAUUCUUGGUAAUGGACUUGCUCUACAGCUCCGGUGUGAGCAGCACGUACUACCUGCAGACCCACUUCAGCCACAGCCAGGGCUACUUCCUCUCAGUGUCCAUGGCAACAGACCUCCGCAACACCUUCUUCCUGUUGUUCCCGAUAUGGUUCCAUGUACAGCAAGCUGAAGCCAUCAAACUGGUGUGGGUGGCAGUAGUGGGAGACUGGGUCAAUCUGGUGCUGAAAUGGCUUCUGUUUGGAGAGCGUCCCUAUUGGUGGGUUCAGGAGACAGGUUACUAUGGCAACUCCUCCCAACCAAUAAUAGAGCAGUUCCCCAUGACUUGUGAGACGGGGCCAGGAAGUCCGUCCGGUCAUGCCAUGGGGGCUGCAGCAGUCUACUACACCAUGAUGUCAUCACUCCUCGCCACAGUGCUGAAGAAAGAAGGACAUCAAAUCAGGAAAUGGUGUGUGCGUGUCUCACUGUGGAUGCUCUUCUGGUGUGUGCAGGUGUGUGUGUGCCUCUCCAGGGUCUUCGUUGCUGCUCAUUUCCCACAUCAGGUCAUCACAGGAGUUGUCAUAGGUAUCCUGCUGGCAGAAUCUCUCAGUCGGACCCAGCAGAUCUAUGAGGCUGGCCUGCGUUCUUACCUCCUUGCCUCCCUGCUCCUCCUCUCCCUGGCUCUCCUCAUGUACCUGUGCCUCCGGCUGGUAGGCGUCGACCUCCUCUGGAGUGUGGAAAAAGCGCGGUGCUGGUGCCGCCAUGCAGAGUGGGUCAGUGUGGACACCAGCCCCUUGGCCAGCUUGUUCAGAAACACUGGGACUCUGCUGGGCCUGGGCCUGGGGCUCCACUCUCCUCUGCAUGCGCACGCCAACAGAGUAGUGUUCAGCAGGGGGGCUGAGGGCGCCACCUACAGGUUGAUCUGUUUAAGUGCGACACUGGUGCUGCUGCAGUUGUUUGACUCUGCUUUUAGGCCACCUGUCCACAGCGGAGCUCUAUUUUAUCUGUUGUCAUUCUGUAAAAGUGCCACAGUGCCUCUGGCUACUGUGGCUGUUGUUCCUUACUGUGUCACUGCAGCUCUGGGGUACAAGGGACAGAAGCUGCUAUGA